AGAGAGGGAAUUCUAAGUUCAACCACUUCGAAAAUGUUUGUUAGUGUGCCAGUUUAGAUGUAUGCGUAAAACGAGUUUGUUGUAAUUUAUUUUGGAUUCACAUUUAUACUCAGUGGAGGAAACGAAGCGUUUAAUAGCAAAUAACCUCAAAGAAUCGCGAAUUGUAUUUGUUUAAGUAAAGGCCUUAUAGUAACCUGUGUGUACGAGUUCGUGAUGUCGCAAGAGAGCAUCAUCGAAUUACUUUCGGUUACAAGAAAUGCUGUGAAGGCAUUAGAGAGGACGAAAUUCUCUAGAUCACCCAACAGUUGGGAUGGAACUCCCAGAGACGAUGCAUUAGAUUCUAAUGGGGACCAUCAUCCUAGCCUUGAGCAACAGAGCAGUGACAGCGGUGUAGGUAAAACUGUAACCUGCUCAGUUCAGAAAGUGGAACAUGCUAAAGCCUCAGGAGAAGACGAUUCUGAUGACAGUACCACUGCAAGUGAGGUCCUCCUCCGGUCAACUGUCAUUGAAGUGGAGCAAAAUCGCUCACAUGGACGUUUUGAAAGUAGAGGGCUUAGCAAAGACUCCCACAAUUUAAACAGAGGUCAGGUGAAGACCGUCAAAAUUGCUAAACACAAAGUGAGGGAGAUUUUAUCUCCAAGUGAUGACAUAAGUAAUGGCACAUACAAGACAAGUCAUCUAGAUGUCCAGACUAGAAAUAAUUUACUGAGAGAUUCAACUGAUAAUAGCAAUCAGGAUUUGAAUGUUAACAACAACAACAACAACAACAACAACAACAACAACAAAAAAUUGAUUGAUAAUAGAGAUCGUAAGCAGAGUUUAGUAAAUGACAAAGCAGCCAAUGGUUAUCCAGGGAAGAUCAUACCAGGGAUUCUUGAUGGUGAUGCAAAAGAAAACAAAAUUCCAAAAUCCUCUGUUGCAAAAUGUGAAACAGUUCCAUCAGAGAAAACAUCUGACAAUGGUGCAAAUUGUUCAGUCUAUACUGUUGAAAGGCAUGGAAAGACAGAGAAAUCUAUUGCAACAAGAGAAUUUCCAAUAAAUUUUGAUGUUGUGGAUAGGAAAGGGACAAACAUCAGAGAUAAUUUACAGUGUCAGCCUAGUGUUUAUGUUGUGGACAAACAUGAGAAAACUAAAGCUGUAGAAAAUGGGAUGAUGCUUAAUGAAGAGGAGCAUGAGAGUACAGGAGAUGAUGAUGAGAGCAGAGCAAGUUUGAGCCAACCUGAAAUUAUCACAGUGCGUGAGAGACUUGUGAACAUAUCAUCACAAGCUGUUUUGUCAGACAGUGAAGAGUCCUCAUCAGGCAGUGCAGCGGGCAAACUUUCCCAUGUUGGCACACAACAAUACACUUUUCCAAGAGCCAAGCCUACUGGUCUUGGCUUGAAGCAGGGGUCUCUAGUACAGGAGGUAGACAUUCAGGACAAGGGGAAGAGAGAUGAAGUAUUUAUUUCUAAAUUCUCUCUCACAGAAAAGCAACAGCAACUUCGAGAUGCACUGGCUAAAAGGGGAAAUCAGGCAAAGCCAAUAAAGAAAAUUGUUCAUCCAAAGAUGGUAGACCCCAGAAGCUUGAAUGAUAUGGAUGGUAAUACAAAUAACAAUAUGGACAUGGGCAUCGCUGGCACCAGCAGCUUUCACAAUAUGGAGUCAGUCACUGCCGCAGUAGCUGCAUCGGCUACUGCUGCAGUCACGCAGCCUCUGUUAAAGCUACAACAAGAGCUUGAAGGCAAGAUCCAGGGUCUUCUGGGUGAAAUCGAUCGUCUGCAGCAGGCCAAGAACACUGGCACAGUUGUGACAGAUGCAAGCAGUCAACGUCUUGAGCAGCUUGAGCAGCAAGUCAAGGACCUUACAGAGCGACGGCUGCAGCACCUGGAGGUUUUGCAGCAACAGCAAAUGGAAAUGCAGGCUCACUUGCUGUCCAUGUCACGUCAGAUGAGUCAGUCUUAUCCACCUGUCUACACCUUCCAGCAACAGCAAGCGUCAUCUUUUCCAGCUGGCAUGAAGAACUCAUCUUCCAAUAGGUAUCAGGAUCAUGGAAGGUCUUUGAUAGAAAGCCAUCUAGCCAAGGGAAGACUGCUUGGUGAGCACCCAGUACAGUUUAGUGCUAGGGAAAAGAAAGAGCACCAGCACAAAGACACUGCGAGUUCUCUGCUGGACACGCCUGCACCACGGGACAAAGCACCAAGGCCACUGCAGUAUUCAGAAGGAAAAGGUAAUGGAAUAUUGCAGGAGAUUUUGGCUACGGAGAACUCACCACAGUUGAAUGAUACUUUUUCUUUUCCACAUGGACAGACGCCACAAGUGAAGCUUCCUCGACCAAGGUACGACGACGACCACAGCCCAGUGGAGAAGGCCCGCAAACUUGUCCAUGACCUGUCUGCCCUGGAGGAACAAACAACCCGAUCCCUGUGGGAUGCAAAGAAAAAAUCUCGUUCAAAAGUCCAUGACAACGAACCUGCACCACUGGAACAGUAUCUGAACUAUAAACGAGAUGCCAAUGCCAGCCCUUACCCAAAGCAUCGCAGAAGCAAACGUGAGGGAAGCUCAAGCCCCAGUAAGUCCUCCUCCUCCAGCAGAUCUCACACCAGCAGUAAUGGGGUGCCUGCAGUGGACAAGUUUGGUGAGGCUCGCAAUGUUCUGCAGAGUGUGAUGGCCCAACGACAUAACCUGGAGAGCAACCUUGAGCUCAUGCUGCGAUCAAGGCAGGAUGUGGAUGUGUACGCUCUGCUGGAGCCAGGCGCUAGCAGUGCUGAAGCAAGUCGCAUUCAAAAGAUGGUGGAAAAACGAAUUUCUGCACUCCAGCAGGAGGUCCAGAGGGAGAUAGAGUGUGAGCACCGGGUAAUUGCAGCCACAGAUGCCACAGUCCGGAACAGGACCAAAAAAUCUACACUCACAGGAAGAUCUGCUGUAGGCUUUGGGUCCAGUGCACCACGUGUGAGCAGACUCGACUCCGGCCCUGCUAAGUCCCAGUCCACUGGUACCAUCAGCAGUGCUGCAGCAGGCGGAUCAAAGAAGAGCAGCAAGAUGAAACCUGCAGCACAGAAAUCACGAAUUCCGUAUGAAGAUGAGCAGGCAAUGACACAGAUCUAUGGCAAGGCACUGUAUCAGAAGGGUCGCACCACUGUUCGAGAUCCAUACUUGCAUUUCCAGAAUGAAGCAAAAUCUCGAGCAGCACGCAUACCUUCACCUAAACGUGUGGAAAGUAUGCUGAAUGUAAAGUCCUCCAAAACUCAAACAGAAGUUGACACAGCAACAAACAGUUUGGCUGCUGGCAUACCUCGAAAGUUCUACUUUACUCCAUCCAUGGGUUACGUACCUCUCUCAUCUUCUGCAUCAGGACCUAUACAGGGACAUCUGAUCCCAACAGCUGUACCUCUUGGCAAGCCACGCAUGGACCAGGGUCUUGUAACAGCACCUCCCACUCUAUUACAUCCCCAGACCACUGCUGCACCCUCCAUCCGCCCUAUAGUUACUGCUGCAACCAAUGUAGCUUUGGUUGGUAUGACAGCUGAACCAGAGGGACCACAGCAGAAUGCUCCAGAACUUUCUAAGCAGGUGUUGCCUGCUGUGGACAUUGACAGCAUCACUCCUUCCUCUUCACCGCGCAGCAGCAUCAUUGAUGUUCAGCAGCCCGACACCUCACAUAAUGCUGUCUUCCAUCAGACUUUCCACUGCCAGGAAAGCGAUGAUGAAGAGAGCGAGCAAACACUGACGGACACAUUGGAGGAAGAUCAGCAAGGAGUAGGGCUGUCACUGCCAGGCUAUCAUCAGCCAUUGGCUGCACCUAGUGCCAUCUUUAACCUUGCUCCUAAAUCUGCAGAACUAAGGCACCAGCAUCAGCCUAUGCAGCACUAUGAAGGAGGUAAGGUGCCAUGGGAGGAGCGCUGUGAUGAGCUGGCUGAGGAUCUACGGCAUCGAGAUGUGUUACAGAACAGGGCCAAAUACUGGCUGGAGCAGGAACUGAUGGCACGGCUAUUAAUGCGCAUGUAUCCAGUCAUGGAAUCAGCCGAGCAAGCAGAACAUAAUCAGGAAGAAUGCAAUAAGAGUGAGAGCAUCCCAGAUGAUGAGUCACUGCUGGUGGACGAUGCCAUUGGGAGAAAUGGGUUGCAGCUUUUUAUUGAUGCUGGCCAGCCGGUCAACAAUGUUUUGGUGACGGCCUUGAUGAGAGAGGUUAUUGAAGAACGCGUCAACCGGAUGCUGGCCAUGGGUCACAUGUCUGAAGCCACAGAGAGGGAGACAGCAGUAGAGGGUGGCAGCCGUGCAGGAGGCUCUGUAAAUCAAGAUGAACCAGAUUAUAUUAUGCAAACUGUAGAACCACAGCGUAUUCCAACUCCACAGCCAACCCCCCGGACCAGCCCCAUCCCUGGCAAAGUCUCACUGAGGAUCACCAAUCCACCCACCCCACCAUUAACUCCACCCCAGUCUCCUGAACCAUUAUCCAAAGACAAGCCAGCUCUGGCAGUGGCAGAGGCAGAGGCACCACCCUUGGCAGAGGCAGAGAGAGAGCCAGCAAGCAGGCCAGAUGGACAGAAGACAGAUGCUCAGCUUCUCACCCAAGACUCAGACAGUGAGGUAUCAUCCUCCUUUGACAUAUCCACGGAACUGAAGGCUUUGGAAGACAAACUGAAGCAACCGGCACUGGCACCUGUAGCCUCUCAGCAUGAUGUUGCCACACCAACCACAACGCCACCACGUACUCCAUCCCCCACACCUAGCGAGCAGACAGUCAAAGCAACACCACCACCAUCACCUCCACUUUUGAUUGUGGAGCCUACUCAACCUGAAGCUCAGGUGGAAGCAGAGGUAGCGAGCCCAAGACCUAAUCCAAAACAACUGACAUCCGAUGGAGCUACAGAUUAUACACAGCCUCCUCCACUAAUGGUGUCUGUGAGUGCUGGCCCUGGACCACUGGGGGAGGAGCAGUUGGAGACUAGUCUGAAACAACGGUCGUCCCCCAGUACAGCGGACUUGGAGUCAGACAGUGUGUCAUCCUCAUCUUCUUCAUCGCUGUUAGAGACCAACAAUGACAUUAUUUCGGAGGGCCAGUGGCUGUUAAGUCGCAGCGAGGGCCAAGUCGCUGCACUGCCCAUAGAUGAAGAUCUUCAUCGUUUGGCAGCAAGUGCAGCUCGUAAAGUAGAUGUUAGCACAGCCAGUACAUUACGGGACACAGAGGACAUUGAAUUUGAUGAUACAGAUGUUUCUCGAAGUGAGGGAGAGUUUCACCACCGACCAGUGACUGACAUCAACCCUGAGACAGAUGCUGUUCUGGCCCUGGUGCUAGAGAUGCAGAGUCAGUUGGGAAGUUUCCAGCAGCGUGACCUUCCUGAAAACCAUGUCCACAGCCUUCUGCAGGUUACUGGUCAUAGCACUGGGGAAGUCAGGGUAAGCCAAGAAGCGAUGACUCAAGCUGCAAUGGAUGCAACUGGUAAAAGUAUUGGGGAGAUAAGCCUUGGAAAAGUAUUAGCCAGCAACUUGCCUGUUACUAUGGUGAUGCCCACCAGCACAGACCUAAAUCAGCACACCGUAGAAGCAGGCUCUGCAUACCAGCAGCAGGCAAGAGCAUCAGAAAAUUCUGUCACAGGAGGAAGAAGACCAAAUACACCAUCCAGAGUGCCUUACAGUUUGGCUACCUCAGGUCCACGUCGUCAUCAGCAGCAGUACCAGCCUGUCAACUCGGGGCUGCCUACAUCUGUUGCUCAGGGCAAGAGGCCCCUGAAGUCAGCAUUGGUCCGAAGCAAUGAUGACACCCGCCUUUCUCGUAGCAGCAAUUUUGAGUCUGAAAGACAGGGAGUGACUAUGGACUUUGGUGCUCACACAGGGGAAUCUGAGCAGUUCCACACAGAUACCCUCAUUCAGACAGGCAUGUACACAUCUCGUAGCAGCAGCCGCCAGGGUUCAAUAAAGAAGUCAGUUGACUUUGAUCUUUCUGGCACAUAUGAGAUUUUCCAAGACCGUUUGUCACGGAGGAACUCGGAAGAUGAUCACAUCUCCACCAUGGAAAGCUCAGAGCAUUUGUCCGACAUGGGAUGCUCCUUAGGUCUAAGUUAUUCUUUUGAGGACUCGGCCUCUGAAAGGGAUUUCCAUUCUUCAGGAAGAUCCCACUUACGAAUGUCAGUUACCAUCCCAACAACAGGAGAAGGGGAUAGUGAUGUGUCCGAGAUUGAGAUAACUGAUAAUGCAGCACACUGAUGUUGCCAUAGUUACAACAUAAGAAGUGGAUGGUUUAGGUUUAUUCCUUGCUGCUCCUUGAGGAGCAUAGGACCGCAACACCACCUUUGAAAUGGACCCAGAGUUUGGCGGUCUCCCUCAGUUGGGCCCAUGUGGUUCCAGCAUCCUUUAGAAGUGGGUAAGAUGUAAAUUAUUUUGUGGAUAAUUUGGGUCACAAAAAUGGCCUCUCGUGAAAUAAUUGCAACAUACAUGUUUUCUCAUCCAGAGUUUGCAACAGUUUUAUCUUAUUUAAUGGAUUUCUGUUUAUUCAACUUUUAACAUCUUGCAUGUGUAAUUCCUCCAAAAGUCUGUAGUCAGUUUUUGAAACAGGUUUCACCAAAUGACACUGGUAUUUUCUCCUUUUUUUUCAUGUGGUAAACAUUUACUGUUGAAUAUGUCGGCAUUAAGGACUUAAGGAUUCAGGGGAGAUGCAGCAGUAUGGUGGGUAGUGCAUUUGAAACAGGUCACCCGCUUGUCUUGGUCUGUGACUGGUUAACUCCCAUUGCACACACCAUUGGGAUUUAUCAGGGGAGGUAAAAGGCAAUGGAAGGAGAGAGUUGUCCAUGCUUAUACAGUUCCCAGCCUCUAUUACCUCCAGACCCUUUAACUGAAAGCUAACAUGAAUCAAACAUAAAGCUGAAAGCUGCCAGCAGUUCAGCAGAACACUUUCUUUUACUCACUAAAUUUGUACUUCUAACAUCACUAAAUGCCAAUGCAAGAGCUUCAAGUACAGGCUCAGGCACUGCCCAGUUUCUAAGUCGACAUUUCUGACCUUGUAAAAAGAUUCAGUUUUUAAAACCCAGGUGAAAACUGUGAUGUUCAGAGAUAUAUCUCGUUAACAGAAAAGAAUAUUUUUGCUCAGAUUCUGGGAAUUAGUACACCUCAUUGAACCAAACCCAUUCUUUCAGAUAUUAUUUUGCACAGAAUAAUAGUCAGUAUUUUUCGUUCAUAAAAAUAGCUGAUAAUUUUAUUUGUUGUCUGGUUAUUUUAUAAAAGGGAAAAAUAACACUCAAGAAGCAAUCACUGUAGUUGUAAUCAAGAUGGUUAUGUUUGCAUUGCUUUCAUUAACAUUCCACAAAUUUUGCCUGAUCAUUUAGUCUUGUAAUAUUUUGUAACAAAAUCAACUCUCUUAUGCUUAUUACACCUCCCGUCAAAGAAAAGGGAGAAACUUGUUCAAAGGGAGAUCUUGCUCAUAUCAAUGAUGUGGCACAAGUGUGUGAAACCAGAACCAUCAUGAAGAAAUUUGUUGGCUUUAUUAUUAACUGCCCCAUUGUUGAACCUGUCAUGCCAUUUCUUAUUGACUGCCCAAACAUGAGAUAAGGUCUGAAAUAAAAUCCACGGAAGAGUUCAUGCAGUCAUCUGUCCUUGACUGGUACCAGUAAUGCUGGUCAUCAGAGGGAACAAGGCGGCUAAUAAGAACCACCACUCUGCCUGCAAGCAGAUCUUGCACAAAACAACCAAUCAACUCCUUUACAUUUUAGUUAUCCAGUUUUUUUCUCUGACCACUUGGGUAUCUACCUGAAAGAUCUUCUGAGUGUUGUGCCUCAUGGCUGACCCAGACCAGCUUUACUGUUGGAGAAGAGGUUCUUGGUAUUCUAUCUCGAGCCUGAAAAGUUUUCUAACCUCUUUCCCACCGAAAAUUCUAUGGAUGAACAGUGUUCACCAAAUACUCCAUGUCACAGUUAACCCUUUUCCCACUGACAUUCUCAUUCAUUAUCCCUUGCACGCUAUCUACUCUUGCAGUUCAUAAGUAGCGAAGGGGUUAAACUAACCUAAAAACAUGGAGGCACUGGUCCAUGACAUUUAGCUCAGCCCUGACCUAGUUCUGUCUCAUACACUCACAAUCCAUGAAUUCCCCCCUCCCUCCCAUCCUCCCCCUGGCAUGCAUGCUAAACAAAAACCCAAGUGCAUUAAUGCAAGGCUGACUUUCUGCAUUUUCGGUUUAUUAAUGUAUGACACAAUAAAGGCUUAGAGGAAAGAAAAUGAUUUCUCUGUAUGCUAAAAAUAAUGCUUUAACUGUGAUAAACUUCAGAUUGAUUAGACUAUCCGUCCAUCAAAUAAAAUAACAUGCAAAAUAA